GCCGUCAUUACAGUAACGGGAUCCGUGCCGAUCAGAUAGCGCAGACUCGCCGUCAGACCCUGCUCUAAGCUUAGAAGAUGCAAGCGAGGAACCAGGAGGCAGAAUAUACGCGGACGGUGGUGAUCGUCGGUGCUGGAGUUUUCGGACUGUCUACCGCGCUGCACCUGCUGCAGAGAGGGUAUAGCGUGACUGUCCUUGAGAGGGCAAGUGAGGUACCUGCUCAAGAUGCAGCGGGUUACGACCUCAAUAAGGUCGUGCGCUCUUCCUAUGCUGAUCCUUUCUACACCGAGUUUGCUCGUGAAGCUAUUGACCUCUGGAGGAAGGAAGAGUGGGAGGGAUGCUACCAUGAAUGCGGUGUCUUCAUGCCUCUUGCAACCGGAAGUCUGUAUUCAAAAGAGGCUUACGAGAACGACGUCGCAGCUGGAGCCCGCAUCUCCGAAGUACGCUCUUUCGACGACCUCAAGAAGGUCUUUCCGGUCGACGUCGCGACUGGUUUCGACUCCCAGAGCAGCGAGGCUGAACUCAGCGGAUUCCUCAAUCACGAGGGCGGUUGGGCAGAAUCUGGCCGCGCUCUUGAGAUACUUUUGGAGCGUGUCCGUGCGGCUGGAGCACAAGUAAUAGCGGGCAAGGAAGUCUCGGAAGUAUUGCGCGAGGGUGCUGCGUCUGAUUCUCAGGCACCUCUUCAUGUCACUGGCGUCAAGUGCACGGAUGGGUCGGAAUACCAUGCAGCCGUGGUUAUUGUCGCCGCAGGGGCCUGGACGCCAAGACUCGUACAGCGUCUGGGCGUUGAGUUUGCUGGUCCUGGGACGCAGAAGUCUGAGUAUGAACCGACCCGGCAUGUGGGCGUAGGCCUUGCUACUGGGCAGGUUGUUGCAACGAUCCAGCUUACACAGGAAGAAGCAGAUCGUUAUCAUUCUGUUCCUAUUGUACUCGACUAUGGUUCGGGAAUAUACAUGUUCCCGCCCAAUGCGGACAACGUAGUGAAACUGGGCUAUCACGGCAAUGGCUAUCUGCACCAGCCGUCGAGUUCCAUGGCUUCUACUCCGCGAACGGCGCUGACUGAUGGUGAAGAUGGCCUGAGGAUUCCUAAGGAGAUGGUCAAAUUGUUCAGAGGGUCCCUCAAGAGAAUUUACCCGGAAUUGGGCAAGAAGCCGUUUUCUGGUACGCGUCUCUGCUGGUAUAAUGACUCCCCAGAUGAUGAUUGGGUCAUCGGGUUCCAUCCCAUCACGCAGGGACUGCUCUUCGCGACGGCGGGCAGCGGGCACGCGUUCAAGUUCCUGCCCAACAUCGGACGUCUCGUGGCCGACGCAUUGGAAGGUAAACUUCUCCCAGAACUUGCGGCGCGCUUUUCCCUGGAGAGGACGAUGAACGCGCACACAUCGUCGCGUAUGGGCCUGCCGAUAAGGCCGCUGAAGCUGGAAGAGCUGUGCGACCAAGAUGACUUGUGCGCGGGUACCGCUUGAGAAAAGGAGGAAAUGAGGAAGAUCGAAUAUUUGUAUCAACUCCGUACCUGUUAGACUUGAAAUUCAUAUGGGAGGGUACACCUUUGGUUUAUUC